AUGUUUUAUGAAAAGUUUCCAUUGGUACCAUCAAGUAAUAUAUCGCCCAUAUUUCAAUACUUUCUAAGAAAAGAAUUUAACAUUAAUAUUGGUGAUCAAAAUUACCCAAAGCUCAAAAUUUACGAAGUUGAAAAUUAUUUUAUUGAAGUUCACUUAGAAAACACAAUUUACAGGGCAAUUAUGGAUAACAACAAAGAAUCAUUUAUAGUUUUUAUAGAAAAUGAAAGAUUUGAUAAAAAUCAAAAACUUAAAAGUGAUUUUUAUCCUGAAUCAGAUGAAGGAUAUACAUUACUUGAAUUAUGUUGUUAUCAUGGAGCUGUUGAUUGUUUCAAACUAUUAAGAUCAAAAUUCAAAUCAGAAAUCACCCCAAAAUGCCUUGAAUUUUCAUUUUUAGGAGGAAAUCCUGAAAUUAUGACGGAAUGUUUGAAAGAACAAGAACCAAAUAAAGAAUGCAUGAAGUAUGCAAUUGCAUCGCACAACAUUGAUUUUGUUACUUUUUUAGUGAAUGAAUAUGAUUUAGAAAUAGAUUGUGAUAAAUGUUCAGAUUUUUAUAACCUUCAAGCAUUUUUUGCAUAUUUUGAUCAAACAAAUCGUAUUAACAAAUGCUUUAUUCUAUCUCCGUUAUUUAAUAUUACAUCACUUUGUGAAUAUUUUCUUGGACUCGGGGCUGAUAUCAAUGCAAAAUCUAGGUAUGGCGCCACUGCACUUCACGCAGCAGCUGUAAAAAACAGCAAGGAAAUGGUUCAAUAUUUAAUUUCACUUGGCGCAGAUGUAACAUUAAAAGAUAAGGAUGGAAGCACUCCGCUUCAUUUUGCUGUCGCAUUUAAUACUAUUGAUGUUGUAAGACAACUCAUUUCAUGUGGAGCAGACAUAAAUGCAAAAGAUAAUGACGGACAAUCAGUUCUUUUUUUCCGCCGUAGAUAA